CCGGCGCGGUGUUGGCUGAUGCCUGCACUGCUGUGAUAUGACGGCCAUGAAUUAUCAUGCAGCCUGCAGAGUGAUGAUGAACAAGGAGCUCAAUACUACUGGCCCCAGAAACUCCCCCAGUAUUAUAAGAUAGUUCCUAACCUACCCUACAGUAUUACAAAUGCCCAUGUCACGAUAAUAUCAAGAGGUAACUGGUUGGUUAUCAAUAUUAUGGUUAUGGUGCUUUCUGUGCCAUAGACACCUACCGAUUGCCUUUAUGAAGUCAGGAAUAGUAUCUUUCGCCUUGCAGUGAGCCCAGAACCGGGACUUCAACAUAAUCAUUGAAUCGCUUACUGGUAGAUCUACAUGAUUGACAGAUUGUAAUGAAAACCGUGCCCAGGUCUCCUGGAUCCUGUGGCAGUAGCGCGUGGGACCUGGUGAGGCUGACAUCGACGGGAAUGCAAGUGCAGCAAGAUGUGUGUCCAGUUGAACCAGUGAACCCACGGGCCACGCCGCUUCCCCUUUGCAUGCCGCCACGUACCGGUAUACACGUUGACAAAUUUUUCUUUACAACUCCACUGUUUACGCUGUGCUGCACCCUACAAGGCUACAGUGGCCAUGUUGGCGGCAGUACAGAAACGCUGCUGAACGCUGGUUAUUAGAUAUCGGGAUAAAAAAGCGAUCAUCCGCAUUAUGCGAAGUGAAACAGCGAUAGGACUGGGAGCAGUUUGGUGGCUGGCACUUUGCCGAGACCAUGGGUGUAGGUCUGUCGUGAUUCCUUCACUUCCUCUUGCCUUGUUCAGUCUGUCAUGCGCCUGUUGCAUCUUGUCACGUUUGCGUUGACCGUCGCGCAUUGCAGCAGCUGUCGCUGGUUGCCAGCUCCGCUGUUCCUCUGUUUGGGCCUUGUUCGUGAUGUGAGCUCUAGUCUGGGAGAUGAACGAGCAGUCUACCCUACAGAGGAGCGCCAUGGCCGAGUACAAUCCAGGGCGGAUGGGAAGGCGACCCCAUUGGAUAGCCCGCAGGCACAGGCCAACGACGUAUCAAGAAAGAGAUGGAGAAAAACGAGAAGACCCGUGCACGCAACGUACCCGAGACAUGUUGCCGGAGGACCUGGAUUACUGCACGAGAACGACACUCGAGCGCACGCUGUGCAUAGCGCGAAGCAGGCGUGGCUGCUGAACCAAGCUAGGCAAGCAAGAGCGGAUCAUCCCAUGCUGCUGUUUGGCAAGACCGACGUUGGAGAGCUUGCAUUGCGUGCUGUAUCGUCUAGCCAGGACUUGGUUGUUAGCAUGAGCCGGGCUGUUCACCAGCUACUGGUCAGUGGAUACCCGGCCGCAGGAUUCAACAAAUCCGCAGACAACUCGUAUGGCAGUUCAUCCCAGCAUUGGGAGCACUUAGCUAAUAAUCUCAUCCUAACAUCAUUCAUGGCUAUGUUGAAGCCCCAGGAAAAGCCUGUGAGCAGCAUGGCAGUGGAAGCGCUGACAAAUCUGGAGGAGAGAAAACAUUGGAUGGUUACACUGAAAACCGUCUCCAGUGCUGUGAAUGCUGCUCACGCUCUGCUUAGCAUGAGUAUUGCAUACGACCUGCUCUAUCACAAUCUGACGGCGAGCACAAGACACCGCGUCUCCAGCAGGGUGAUCGCGGAGACAGCUAAGCUCGAGAGGUACAUCCUACACAGGCCGGCGUCAGCAUCAGACUGUAGCUGUACGUCGCCACCAGUCAUCAGCGUGGCUCUCUUGGCAGGAUCACUGGCUAGCCAGCAUGAUGGCAACAUGACCGCGGCGCUGCUGAGGCAGAACACGGCCAAGCGGGAAAUGGAACAGCUGCUGGAAGGUCUGCAGCAUGUCACCGACGGAUCUGUACCCACACGGCUUGGUCACUGCAACUACAUGUACGCCACACGGGCGAUAUUCCUUUACAUGCACCUGGCCAGGAGACACCUGGAUGCUGAUCAUUCCAAGCAUCCAUGGUUACUGCGUCACUUCUCCUUCAUGGUAUCUACUGCACCACCGGGCUAUCUUGAGUCCACGGCCAUUCCGGGGAAUAACAACCCGAUGUCCUAUGGUCCCGAGGCGCAAUUCCGGUUCCUGGACUCAUUUGCGAUGAAGAAUGGUCAUGGUUAUUGGCUGGCCGAGAUGAUACGCCUCAACCGUACGGCCGAGCCGGGCUUCAACGCAUUGCAUGCGUCGCGCUAUCACCACAUGCAGGCAUUUGAACUGCUCUGGAACGUGCCCGGCCCGACGUCCGUGCCACCGGACAAGUUGCUGCGCUCGCCAAGCCUCACGGUCCUGCCCGACUGGGGUGGGGCGGUAUAUGGGGCAGGUCCUCUACCGGGGGCGACACACCUUGGUGUCCGGGUCGGGCAUGCGAUAGUAGAUGACGGAGAUCAGGAAGCAUUGUUUUCCUGCAAGUUUGCAGGUCAGCAUGCUAAGCAACAGUCACUGUUCUUUUCACCUCAUGGUAAGCCGUUUAUCACCGAGCCAGUCCGUGCAGCUUCAGGCCAACUGCAACAACAGAAUGGCUGGGAGUUUCGAACCAAUGCUGGGGGACACACCAUUGGAAGCUGCACGGCCGAAGAUUACAAGCAUUCCAUGACAACAGGCACAGCUGGAGAUGCAGCAGCCGUGGACGCUGCAGGCAUCAUAACGGCACUGGAGCACGAUGGCGUUGUGUUCGUGCUGAGCGAGCUAGUAGGAAUGUACUGUGCCAGUGCACGUCUUAAGAGCCACACUCGAGCUCUGUUUUUACUUGACAGCGACACACUGCUAGUUGUGGAUGCCAUAGAGAAACAAGAAGCGAGCAUUGCAACACACGGCAAUGUAUUCUGGCAUAGCAGUUAUGAACCGUUUGAAAGCCUGGAUCACGACACUAGUGGCGCAGCUCAGGCAAAUGGCCAGAACUAUAUAUUCUGGUUCUCAGAUCAGCCUGGAGUGUCGGCAUCAACCGGUCUCACUACCUUACCUGAGCGCGAUGAAGAUGGCAAUGCGAGUAAGCACCAUCACUAUCUGAAUGUAUCUGUGCCAUUGGAACAACCGAUAACACGCAUUGUCUGGCUGCUCACAGCAAACCCCAAUAUCACGCCUUCGUUCGAGUUCUCGCGCUCAUCGGGACUCGGCGUUGAGCUGCUGGUGAACACAUCCGGGCAGACACGUUGUGCCUACGACUACAGGAUCUCGCUGGUCACCGGCCAUUCUCACGUGAACAACCGCUAUAUUUGGCAUUGCACAGGGUCCCUUGCACGUAUAGAGCUGGGUACAGCAGCAGCAGCAGUAGUAGAAGCAGCACCGUCUGGAGUGGGAAAUGUCACGUCAGCCAAGCAGAUCAAGGACCAGUCACACUCCACAGUAGCAGUGACUACCGCUAGCAACUCACUGGUGUGCAAUCUGAGCAAGGUUGCUGAUAGAAGCACAGACUAUCUUCUGUACAUUGCCGUGUUGUAUGUACUCGGUCUGGGUGCACUGGUCUUUCAGUUCACUGUUCUGCAGCGCAGCGAGCCUGUCUGUCUGUGCUGCUGGAUUUGCGUUAGCUGUGCGCUCUCCUGUGUUCUCGUGCUGAAAGUGGUGGCAAUCACUAUUGCGCUGAGCUCCAGUCAGGUCAGCAUUUGUGAAGGAGAACGUUUUAAAGCAGCUAUCUAUUCCAACCAGGAUGAUCAGUCGUCGUCCCCGCAAAUCAUGACAUUCUGUAACUCAUCCUUGCCCAGAGCCGACACAUCACUCACAGACUGGCGAUCAUCAGCCGAAAGUCCCAGCGUCAUAUUCACGUCCCUACCAAUGUCCAGGACAAGCGUGCUCGCAGCGGAGACCCUACUCGAGAGAAGUCUUGAUGCCGUUCUUCUGCCCAUGCACAAUCUUUCCGAGCAUGGUGACAUGAGGUGGGACAGCCUCUCGCCAUGCGUUUGGGCAGAUGAUGAAGUAUCUACUUGGAGGUACAUGACGUUCUCAUGGCUUAGAGAGCUGAAGGAGGCUUCUCUGGAUGCAAGUUUGGUCUCUCCCAACUGGCUAUCCGAACAGAAGACCAAUUCAUCAGAUGAGCUGUUUCAAGCACAGCACAAGCUGGAAAGAGACCCGUCUGCUCUAGCCAUCCUGGCUGAUUGGAAUGCAGAAUGGUUGCUGAAGAUGAAGUGGUUCAUUGAAGAUAUGCGGCCGUCUCGACUUGUUGUUCUUGUGGAUGAUCCGCGACAAUGGGUAGCUGACGUUCUGAGAGAGCAAACACUCACGCCAGAAAAGCAAGAGCAAAACCUGACAGGUCAAAUCUCAGCUCUAUUUAAUCUCCGCCAUCAUUACGAAUGCGACCAGGCUGAUCCGUGUACAGUAAUGUUUAACAGUCUUAUCCUCUCCGCCCGAGAAGAACACCGCAAGGUGCCCGCAAACACCACCGCCGUGUUGGCCAGGCUAUGGUCUGCAUACACUAACAUAUCGCUGUGCCUGGCCAGCAAACCACCAUUCUCUAAGAGUGUCCGUUUCAUCCCCGUCGGACAGUUCCUGGAGCAAGGAACACACAUUGCUCGACGUCUUUAUCAGUUUCUAGGAAUACCGUUCCGACCAGAAGUACAACGGUAUAUUGAAGACGUUACAUGUAUGACUGGUUUAGCUAGCCAUGCAUCACUAUACCAUGCUUUCAAAGCACAACACUGGUCAAACAGUCUGAACUCGUCUGACGUCUCCAUUGUAGAUUCUCUGUGCCAGGACACAAUGCGUGUCUUUGGGUACUCACCUCACUAAUGGGAUGUGUGCGUGUGUGUGUGUGUGUGUGUGUGUGUGUGUGUGUGUGUGUGUGUGUGUGUGUGUGGCGGAGCGGCUUCCUAGUGGCAGUGCUGACUUCUCUCGAACUCUCUCUUCUACUCUCCCCUAUCUCGGGGGCGGCGUGGCCAAGCAUUUGGCAGCUGUACACCAGGCCAGGCCAGGUGUGUGUGUGUGUGUGUGUGUGUGUGUCUGUGUGUCUGUCCGGGUGUGUGCACAUGAACAUGUGUGCCAUGACUGUGAGUAUGCAGGUGUGUGUGUUUGUCUAGCUUCUCGUAUGCUGUCUCAGCUCACACAUAGGUGUUCGUUUACUGGCUGCCUUGGGUUGUUGACACAUUAUUUUAGCCUUGACUCAAUUAUUUUUUUAGGUAGAAAAUGAUUUAAUCAGUAUUUAUUACAGCCUCUAGCCAACACAAUGAAUUCAACCGAGGCUACUUGAGUACAGCAUUUGAAAUGUACCAUGAUGUAUGAUUUUACCUUCUACUAUUGAACGAUUGCAAGCUUGCAUUAGAA